AUGUCAUCGUCUUCGUUUAAAUCCAGUUCCUUUGAUACUGGUGAUGCUAUUUCCAAAACAUUCCCUUUUGGAAGUCCAAGCGGUGUAUCACCUCUUUUAGAUCAAUCUAAUGAUGAAGAGAAAAUUCAAAGAAUUCCGCUUCCGAUUUCACUGGAAUACGAUUCAAUUAGAGAAAAGUAUUUCAGUGAUACAAAAGUCGAUCGUUCGAAAUGGGUUGCAAAACUUUUAAAUGAACAUCCAGAAAUUAAAGAAUUACGUGAUAGAGUUUUACCUCUUGACAGAGCUAUAGAAUUCGGACGACUUUAUCUCCCAGAUGACAGGCUAAUUGAUCACACCGAACUACUUUCACUUGUUUCUCAGCAUUUAAGAACACUUGGUUUAAUGGAAACACAAUCAUCGCUAUGCUCUGAAUGGGAUAUGCUUUCCAAUAUACCAGAUAAUCUUGAUCACUCUCAACUUAUGAUCAUUCUUCAACGCGGAGUUUUAAACGCCGAAAAGUUCUGGAAUCUGACAAUGCCCGGCACUACUCCAAUAGAAAAAGAGCAAAAUGCAAAGAAUACACUACAACCAGAAAUUGCAAAGAUUAUUGGUUCAAAUCCAACUCUUUAUUACGGAAAACCUCUUCUUGAAGACAGGUACAACGAUCAGCCAAUGACAACUCCCAAAUACACAGUAUACUCUCUCAACCAGAUCAUUUGGAUUUGCACAACUGACUCUCCAACACGUACUCCUGAAUUUAUUGACAUCUUUUCUUAUCCGUACGUCACAAUUUGUGAACCAUUAGUUGUAUUUUCGAAAUUACAAGAAAGAUUCCAGAUCGCUUUUUCAGAAAACGAACAUGCUGUCGAAAAUACAUUUAAUUUCUUCCUCCAAUGGUACAGGAACUCCAAACCAAUCAUGGAUUCCAGACUCAUAUCUACCAUUAAGUCAUUUGUUAAUACCGAAUUACGCAGCAAAUACAUUUCUCUCUCAGAAAAAUUUUAUGAACCAUUACCACCUCCAGAACCAAUAAACUACGACAUUUCUCCUACACCAGAUCUUGGAGAAAACCCGUUCUCCCUGUUUGUUGGCCCAUUCUCCCUUCUCUGUCUUACUCCGAGAGAAUUUGCGAGACAAUACACUUUAUAUACACAAGAAAGGUUCUUAAAGAUUGAGCCAUGCGAAUUUACAUACAUCCAAGACUGGAAUCGUGCAACAGAAGUCUUUCCAAACAUAAAAUUCCUUCAAGAUUCUUUUGAUAUUAUUGCAUCGAAUGUUACUAUGUGGCUUACGUAUCCACCAAAAGGUUUCAGCUACAUGGACAUCCUUGUUUACUUCAUAAGAGUCGCGAAAGAAUGUUAUGACAUCCAAUCAUACAAUUGUAUGAUGGCUUUGCUUCUUCCAACGACAACUCCGUUCCAGUUGGAUGAUUUGGCAAGAGCCAUGCCUGAUUCUAAGCUCAAGGACUUCUUGAAUCUGAAUUUGAAUUCAAUCAACGGCAGAUUCGAGAAAUUGUUGAAUCUCUAUAAGACAGCGUUGGCAACAUCUGCACCAACAAUGCCUUUCUUCAUGAUUUACAAGAAUUUCUUCACUUCUGCUGCAAGUGGUAUCAAAGAUGGCAUUAGAGAGUUCACAAUCGAAGGAAAGGUUGAGUUUUUAAGCUUAAAGAAAUAUUACGCAUGGGGAGAAGAACUCAGAGCUGCUCAAAAGAGAAGAUUUAAUUUCUUGCCAAUUAGUCAAGCUCAGGAAGCAUUUUCUAAGCUGAAGAAUCAACCAAAUGACUACAAUAAUGAUGCUGACUUCAAGAGAUUCGUACAAUCUCUUUCAAAUCAAUAG